GGCCUGAACUCUUUUAGUAGCUGGAAGCUGCCAGGCCAGGGAUUUGGGUGAGGUUGGAGGACUCCCACCACUAUGGCACACUUGUUUAUAAACACACACACACACACACACAGUCUCUUUUGCAGCGGGCUCUGACGCGAUGCUCUGCUUUCCCCUUCUCUCAGCCGCCCUCCACCCGUGCCCGCCCAGGGCCUCUUGUUCCGGGCUGCCCCCUUUUAAUAAAUAGAAACCAGUCUCAGGCUUCCGCCGAGAGUCCCAAAGAACAGGCAGAGGCUGGCCGGCAGCCACGAGGGGCAGGGGCAGAGGAGAGCCGCUGCUCCGGGAGGAGGCGCAGAAACUGGUUUGGCCGGCCGGCCGAGGGGAGCCCGGGGUGGCUUCUUCGCCGGCAGCCUCCUGAGCGGAAUGGGCCCCAUUGUCUCUCCGCCUUGGCAGGUGACGGGCCGGUGUUUACGCCUUCUCGAGCCAAGGAGGAUGCUGGUGCAGAAUCCAAAUGUCAGUUGGUGCAAAGCCAACACCGAAGGGAGAGCAGAGCUCUGAGUGAACCAUGGAGUCCUGUUUUGGCCAUCCCAGGCGUGGGCAACAGCCGCCUCUGCAGCAGCAGGAAUGCGAGCCCCCCUUGACGCUUGCUAACAGCGAGGCCUCAAAAGCCAGCAACCCCCAGAGCACGAAGGUGGGGUCUUACGGAGUCAGCAUUCGAGUCCAAGGGAUCGACGGGCACCCGUACGUUGUGCUCAACAACACGGAAGGGAACUCGCCAGAACCUGUUCUGGCAUCGGAAAACGGCCAGCAGGUCACAUCUCUGGCCCUGAAUAGAGGAGCCGUGGAUUCCUGUUCGGUUCCUGAACUUGAGGGAGGAAACGGUGAAGAUGCUCGGGGUCCGGAGCAUCCUCCCGCACCCCCCAGAGUGCUCCAGGGCCUGAAGCUGGCCAGCACAGGUAAGGGAGAGAACACGGGGCCGCCUUUCUGCACCUGGGCCCCCCAGCCCCCCAGCCUGUUGAAUUUCCAGCGGCACCCCGAGCUCCUGCAGCCCUAUGAUCCCAAAAAGAAUAUUUUGAGCAUGUGUGCAUUUCCGCCUUCUUCAUUGAGUCAGUUCAAAUCUGUUGCAGAUGAAGAGAGGCCUUGGAGUCCACCCCUGAAAUCUGUCACGCUGGAUAAAACGAGCCUCCAGUUCGCAGAACUGGUCAAAGCCAAUUUGAAAACUGUCGAUCUGACGAAGCCCGCAUCUGAUGUGGACCUAAGCAAGCAGGAACUGGCCAGUGCCCAUGUCUCAGACAGUCCUGACGGGAUGCAUGAAUCCCUUUCUUCCAGUGGGGGCUCUGCAUAUACCGCCAGCCCACCCGCCGAUCAGGAGACGGGGAGGUGUCGGCCUGACUUGCUCCCCUUCCGCAGGCAAGAUUCGGCAGGAUCGGUGCCGAACGGCUCUCGGCGCUCAUCGACGUCGUCCACGACUCCGACUUCCGCAGCUUCCUUGUACAAGUUCUUCUUGGAUGACCAGGAGUGCGCCAUCUAUGCUGACCACGUGAACCGUCACGAAAACAGAAGGUACAUCCCGUUUUUACCUGGGACCGGCCGGGACAUCGACACUGGCUCCAUCCCCGCCGUUGAUCAGCUCAUCGAGAAGUUCGAUCGGAAAGCUGGCCACCCGAGAAGAGGCCGCCUGGGAAUCAGGAGCAGAAUUCACCCCGACGACCGUAAGCGGUCAAGGAGCGUGGACAGCCUUCUGCCCUCCGGUCUCCAAGCGAAUUCGGAGAGCUUAGCUGGAUUCAGUAAAGAUUUGGGGAAGUCGUCUGAACACCUCGUGCAAUCACCCCAGGUGUGCCUGACGAAACUGCUGCCUCCAGGCCAGAAGUCACCCUCUCUUGGGAAACAGGGCGUCCCUCGGACGGCUGGUAAACUCCAGGUCACAGGUAAAGAGGCUCACGGCAGCUGCUAUCAUUCUUUGCAACGUCACCAACAGGCGAAACUCGCGGACGACAGCCCGGCUUGUAAAGCAUCCACGCUUCCGAUCCAGGCUAACAAAAGGGAAAAGAAAAUGGUGACGUCCACUCUCUUGAUAGCCAACCGGACCGCCACGCCGCCUGACUUGGGGGCAAAGAAAAUCUCUGUGAAAUCUUUUGCUUCUGCUUCAAAUGCACAGGUAACUCCUGAUUUGCUGAAGGGCCAGCAAGAGCUCGCGCACCAAACCAACGAGGAGACCGCCAAGCAGAUUCUCUACAACUACCUGAAAGAAGGGAGCACCGAAAAUGAUGAUGCCACCAAGAGGAAGGUCAACCUGGUGUUUGAAAAAAUCCAGACGUUGAAGUCCCGAGCAGCUGGGAGCACACAGGUUGCUGAUAAUUUAGCUGAAGUCAAAACUCUGGUGGAACAGAAGGAGGGGCUAGAAAAGGAGAUUUCUGAACUGCGGAGAGCUCUGGAUCUGGGGGUCAAGAAUCAACAGAACCUCAAAGAAGAAAGAGAUGCGACGAGAGCAGAGCUGAAGGAACUGCAGAAGGGGCUGGAGGAGGCUCUGGAGGAGAAGGAAGCGUUCUGCAAACGGGCAGAGGAAAGCGAGGAAGACCUCCGGCAGAGCAUUGAAGAACUUUUCCAAGUGAAAAUGGAAAGGGAACACCACCAGACUGAAAUCCGGGACCUGCAGGACCAACUAUCUGAGAUGCAUGAUGAACUGGACAACGCAAAGCAUGCGGAGGAUGUCGAGAGAGAACUUCUCAUUCAGGAGCUGAUGCAGCUGAAGCAGGACCUACAGGGCGUCCUGAUGGCCAAGGAGCAGCAGGAAGACGUCCUGCGGAGGAGGGAGAGGGAGCUGACCGCCUUGAAAGGGGCCCUGAAGGAAGAGGUCUCCAGUCACGACCAGGAGAUGGACGGGCUGAAAGAGCAGCACGCGCAGGACCUCCGCGUCCUGAGGGAGGACUUGGCAGAAGCCACGGAGAGAGCCAACGCCCUGUCUGGGGCCAAGGCUGACGCGGAGGAGACGCAGAGGAGGGCGGAGGAGCAGGCGAAGGAGCUGGCGGCACAGAACUCACGGCUGCAGGAGAAGCUGGUGGAGCUGGAGGACCGAAGGAGAGAACUCCUUCAAGAGAACGAACGCCUGCGUGCAGAAGCAGUUCUUCUGGAGGCCAGGAUAGCUAGAUGGCAGAGUGACAGUCUGCACCUGGAGGAGGCCCUGGCACGCGCCAGAGAAGAGGGCCAGGAGUUGGCGUCGGCCAAGAGCUCUUUGGAAGCUCAGCUGGAGGAGAGACAGAGAAACCUCAGUCAGCAGAGCCAGGACUUGGAGCAGUUGAGGGCCCAACUGAAGGAGGAGACGGGGCAGAAGGAUCAGCUGAGCCGGGUGAAGAGCGACUGGGAGAAGGAGCGUUGGCAGCUGGACGGGACGAUUGAGAAGCUGCACAAGGAGGUGAGUCCGGUCCGGCAGGUUUCUAAUGAAGCCCACCCUGAGCUGCGUUCAGCUGGAUGAAUAUAAGGGAGAAGAAUCGAAAGGAACUCUCAGACUCAGUGGCAGCUGAAAGAGAAGAACGUGGAGCUGAAAGCACGCGCGGCGGCCCUCAAGAUGCAGGAGGAGGUAAGGACUCCAAAACAGGAAUUGCGAUCACCAAAGGUUUCCAAGACGAGGCUACAUCAGUGACCGCAGCUUCUGGAACAGACCGGAAAACCUUUGAAAGGAACUGGAGGCCAAAACCACCUUGAAAGAGGGACCGGGGCAAGACAGGCCAAGAUAAUGGAGGACAAGAUGUCCCAGCUGGAGCUGGAGCUGGAGGAGGAGAGGAAUAAUUCAGACAUACUGUCCGAAAGGAUCAGCAGGUGUAGAGAGCAGAUAGAGCAAACGAGGAAUGAACUACUUCAGGAGAGGGCUGCGAGGCAGGACUUGGAGUGCGACAAGAUUUCCCUGGAAAGACAGAACCGAGAUCUGAAAAGUCGAAUCUUUCACCUCGAAGACUCCUACCGGUCCAGCAAGGAAGGGCUUCUGGUUCAAAUGGAAGCCAGGAUCGUGGAGCUGGAGGAGCGGCUGGAGAAUGAGGAGAGGGAUAGGUCCAAUUUCCAGCUGAGCAACCGCAGGCUUGAACGGAAAGUGAAGGAACUCAUGAUGCAAGUGGAUGAUGAACACCUCUCCUUGACAGACCAGAAAGACCAGCUGAGUUUGCGCUUGAAAGCAAUGAAACGUCAAGUGGAGGAAGCAGAAGCAGAAAUUGACAGGCUGGAAAGCGCCAAGAAGAAACUUCAGAGGGACCUGGAGGAGCAGGUGGAUUUCAACGACCAACUUCAAGGGCAACUGAACGGCAUCAAAAAGGAGCUCAGGCACAGGAAGCCCCCGAAUAAGAUGCUGGGUGACUUCGAGGAUGAGGAUGACGACGACGAUCUCAGUACUGAUGGGGACAGCCUUUACGAAGGACCUUCCGGAUUUAAAUUCUUAAAGGACAAUGAGGUCAAAAGCUAGGAAUAAAGCAGUCCCACAACUCUGGAAGAGUUCCCGUCAAAUAAUUACCGGACAGUGAGGAAGACGAAGGCUGCUGGAACGCGAGUCCUGGGGGGAUUUUACCCCUCCGUCACAUGCAGUAUUCACAGAUACUUCAGAAUAAAUGCCCGCCUAGAGCAUAAGAACUUUCUUGCAAGCCGUCUAGAAGCGCCACAGGGACCGUCAAUCUUAGUAGGUGAACUGACAAGUUUAGGCCAAGUUCCUCAGAAGAAAUGGGAGCUCUCUCAGCCCCACCCACCUCACAGGGUGUUUGUUGUGAGGAUAAUGGAAGGGAAAGGAGAUUGUCAGCCCCUUUGAGUCUCCUUGCAGGAGAGAAAGGGGGGAUAUAAAUCCAAACUCUCCUUCUUCAUAGGGAGCCAGAGGUUUUUUCCUUGCAAGCAUCUCUAAGCCAACUUUGUCUUGAAGGCAACUCACAGAUAAGACACAAGAGUGAAGGUUAUUAUUUAAUCGUUGUAAGUAGAAGAAACGGUGUACAGAAUGUACAUAUUUUAAAUUAGACACUUUUAUGGACAGCUCUACUGCUAUUUUUUGUAAAACUUCAUUAUUAUUUUUUACAGAAAAUGUACAAAGUGCUGAAGUUGUACUGAGUACGAGACCUGUUCUUAAACCUUCGGAAACUUCUUGUAUUCUGUGUGUUUAGCAGGUAAUCUUUUAACUGCCAGGAUUAUGACAAUGAACUCAGAGAAGUUUUUAUACUUGAGUUUUCUGUCAAAUGGCAAGAACAAGGUGUUAGUCAGCCAGCACUGAUUUUGUCUGACACAGGGAUGCCCUCACCCUGCCUCCAAUAGCUCAGGUCAGUAACUAUCGUACAAGGCCUGACCUUGUAUGGUUUUAAUGAAGGAAAGAGAGAUUUGCUUCUGAGGUGCAGAUGUGGUUUCCAGGGCUCUAAGCGUGAAUGCGGAGGUCCUGGACCAACAGCCCAUCUGCAUGCACACAGCAGCCGCUGCUGACGUCAGGGGCUCAUCCCGCACACGCAGAAUAAUGCACUUUCAAACUGCUUUCAGUGCUCUUUGAAGCUGUGUGGAAUGGCAAAAUCCACUUGCAAACAGUUGUGAAAGUGGUUUGAAAACGCAUUAUUUUGCGUGUGAGGAAGGGGCCAGGAUCCUCCUUCGUAUCCCAGUUUGUAAAAUUAGCAGACUGAGAAAAGGUUACACUACUGAUGUAUAUUAUCGCCAUCAUUAUUAUUUUGUUAAUAUCACAGCUGCCAGUUCUUUGCCUGGUUGUUGGCUUCUCGUUACAAUCGGAGCCUCACCCAGAGACCGAGGACGUUGCAACGUAUCGGUGUAGUAUUCGUACAGAUCUCAGCAGGGCUGCCUUCUGAGUGACAGGUGUUGAUUCUGUCGAUUUAAAGAUGUUAUAAUGUUAUUAUUAUUAUUACUGCUAUUAUUAUUAUUAUUUACCGCAUAAAGGGAUCUCUCAACUGGUUGUAUCGUUAAUAACUGCUGUACAGAAAUCCUUAUGAAAAGGAAUGAUUUAUCUUUGAAAUAGACAUGAUUCCCAGUUGCUGCCAUUGGUCCUGUACUGUUACCUCCCUUUUCCCUUGCAAAUACAAUCCUGAUAUUCUACCAGGAGCUGGAAAUUGAUCGCUACUGACUGAGGAGUAAAGCUCAUACCCUCCCGUGACAGUGUUCUUAGAAGGAGAAAAGAAGCUGGAAUCCUUUUGUGAUGACAAUCGAUGCGUACAAUCUCUUGUGAAGAAUUUUUGUUCUGAAACUUUGUAAUACAGACUUUAUUUUAUGCAGCUGGUUAUAGUUCUUUUUCCACCCCCAUGCCUUAACUAACAUACGGCAGAAUCCACCAGUUCUCCUGCUCAGAGCCUCGGUCUGUUUCGAGAGCUCUUGCAGGAGAACUUCCUGGUGGCGCAUGCCCAUCAACGGACACUCUUGAGCCAUUUGGGAAAAGAGCAGGUAAUUUUGCAGCUACCUCCAAAUAUGCUACUCUGUAAAGACGUUUUGAAAUAAACUGCCUUGGUCAAACCUC